GCUAAUUAAUCUGUACUAUCUUUAAAAUUAUGUAUAUUAUUCAUAAGGUGUGUACAGACAGGUGAAGAGAUAUGGGCAAGUGGGUCUGCUUGUACCUGCCUGCUCAGCUGGACUGGAAUGGGCUGAGGCUGGAGGAGCUACUACUAAAGGAGGAAGGUGAGGCCUUGAAAAGCGACAUACCAAGUGUGGCUACACAGAAGCCUACUCCAUUCCACCUGGCCAAGCAUCGAGCGGAAUGUCUGAAGCGCAUUCGACAGCAGGAGCAAAGAGCCAUUGCAAAGGAGAAGCAGGAGCAGCUUAUAAGACAGAACAGUCAAGAAUGGCAUGAGGCCUGCCAAAAAGAAAUGCAGGCUGAUGCAAUGAAGUCCUGGGAAAUGCAGUUGAAGGAACAUAAAGCAGCAAAAGAGUACACUGCUAAAGAAAAUGAAUUCUGGAACAGCCUGAGAUCUGAAAAAGCUCUCCUUCAGGAAAAAGAAGAGGAAGCAGAGAAGGAGGAAUGUGAGAGGAAGCAGAGGGAGCUGGCUUCAAAUCUUCAACAGCAAAUGGCUUUUCAAGAAGAAAGAAAGAAGUAUGAGGAUGAAGUCAAAGCCAAAGAAGCAGAGGAAUUAAGAAAAUUGAAAGCCGAAAUUGCUGAGGCUGAACAGAAGGAGAAGGAGAAGAUAAAGGUCAAGAAACUUCGGUUCAAAGAUGAGAAAGAGAAAGAGAUUGAGGAAAGAAUACGCAUUCGUGAAGAGGAAAAAAAAACAAUGCAGCAGUUGGAGAAUUUGGAACUCCAGGCAGUUCAAGAGAAAUAUCAAAAGGAUCUUCUUUCUAAGUCCAUGAAGGAGAAAAAGGGGAUGGAAGUGUGGCAAGAGUACAAGUUGUUGGCAAAUGAGGAAAGAAAGAAGCAAAAGCAACUUCAGGAAGCCGAGGACAAGUAUUUCCAAGAUCUUGAGCUACAGCACUGGGAAGCAAAGAUGAAGCAAUUAGAACUAGAAAAGAAUGCCAAGCUUCAGCUGUCACAGGAAGCAAUGAAGCAGUGGGAGGAGGACCUGGCUGCAAAAAGAAGAAUUAGAGAGGCAUGGGAGCAAGAGAAGAGGAAGGAGAAGCAGGAGACAGAGGAAUUGGUCAAAGGAGAGAAACAGGCAUUAGAGGAAGAAAAACAGAAGCAGAGGGAGAUAAUCAAGCAGUAUCGCCUUGACCUUGCAGCUCAAAUUGAACAGGAUAAGGCUCUUCACAAGCAUAAACCAGAAAAUCCAGAGAGACAAGAAAUGCGUUGGAACCCAUCACAAGGCCUUGGUCUUCGUCCACAUCCACUUAGAGGUCGAAUGGAUGCUUUCCAGUCCUAUGGUGUUUCUUCUGCUUUGUAUCAUUCAUCAUAG